AUGGACGGCGCCGCAGAAGAAAUAGACCUCUAUGAGGUCCUCGGCAUAAGCAGCAGCGCCUCCAAGAAUGAGAUCAAAAAGGCCUACCACAAAGCAGCCCUAUCCUCCCACCCCGACAAAGUCGCCGAAGAAGACCGUCAAGCCGCCGAGAUAAAAUUCAAAUCCAUAUCUCGCGCCUACGAGAUCCUCUCCGAUGACCAGCAGCGCCACCUCUACGACACGCACGGCAUGUCUGCCUUCUCGGGCGCCAACUCUGGCAUGCCGGGCGAGGGUGUGGAUCUGGACGACAUAUUGCAGCAGAUGUUUGGCAUGGGUAUGGGCGGGAUGCCCGGGAUGCCCCCUGGGAUGGGCGGCGCGCCGGGCGGCAGGCAGGUGCCCAGGAAGGGGCGUAAUGAGGAGCAGGAGUACGAGGUCACGCUGGAAGAGCUGUAUAAGGGGAAAACGACAAGAUUUGCGAGCACGAAGAAUGUGGUGUGUGCGGUGUGUAAGGGGAGUGGGGGGAAGGAGAGGGCGAAGAGUCAUCCGUGCGGUGUCUGCGGCGGACGUGGUAUGACAACCGGCCUCCGCUCCGUAGGCCCCGGCCUCGUAACCCAAGAAACCACCACCUGCGGCACCUGCAAAGGCUCCGGUAAAGUCUUCAAAGACAAGGACAGGUGCAAGAAAUGCAAAGGAGCCAAGGUCGUCGAGGCGCGCAAGGUGCUGGAGCUCUACAUACCGCGCGGCUCCCGCGAAGGCGACAAGAUCGUUCUACCAGGCGAAGCGGACCAGCUACCUGACCAAGAGCCCGGCGACAUCAUCUUCGAGCUAUCGGAGGUACCGCAUGAUGUCUUUAGGAGAGCAGGCGCGGAUCUGCAGGCGGAUCUGCACAUCACCCUCGCUGAGGCGCUGACUGGUUUUGACCGGGUGGUGCUGACGCAUCUUGAUGGGCGAGGCAUACAGCUGAAGGUGAAACAGCCGAAGGGCAAGAUAUUACGGCCGGAUCAGGUGCUCAAGGUUGCUGGCGAGGGGAUGCCGCACAAGAAGAGCGAUCACAAGGGCGACCUCUACCUCGUCGUGAAGAUCGACUUCCCGGAAGAUGGCUGGGUGCAGGACGAGGCGAUGCUCAACAAGAUUCGGGAGGUGCUUCCGGGACCUGAGCCAGCGAUCAAGGCGGAUGUCGUUGAUGAAGUAGAGUACGAUGACACGGCAACCUUGGACGACUUUGGCGCUGGCUCAGGCGAUCCCAGAGCAGGAGCCGAGUGGGAGGAUGAGGACGAGGAAGGGGCUCAACCCCAAUGCGCGACGCAGUAG